AUGUUCACUUCUGCUGCGAACAGAAUUGUUCAGACUGGCAUCGCUACUGUCAUCGUCCUCGAGUAUUCCGCCUUUCUCGCGGACGACUUGGAUGACUUGAAGUGCAUCGAGUCUGCCAUGGAAUACUACCUGAAAUCUCCGACAGCUGUCGUAGUGGAGAAAGGAGCGGAAGAGAUUUCUCGUCAAGGCUACGACGCAGAGGAACUAGAGAAGAAGAUUCUUGAGUUCAUCAUUGAAAAUCGCUUGUCGAAGGACUUGACAGCAAAGAAGUAG